AUGUCGAUAGGUCCCGUCGGUCUUUACGACCCAGUGCCAGAUAUCAUCAACCUGGCGAGAUGCAGCUCCCAUUGCUGGAUCUUCAAGAGGGGCUCUGUGGAGUUCCUCCCCCUCCUGUUCUUGCGUUUCUUCUACAAGCCAGUCGUGGCUGUCUUCAUCGUCAUCUUCAUCAUUUCCAUUUCCUUCAGUGUCAUCUUCAUCGCCAAUGACCCUGCCCACCUCCCCAUCUUCAAGCCCAAUGUCCUCCACUAUUUCCUCAUCUCCAUCAGCACCACUCUCAUCUCCUUCAUAUGCGAUGUCUCCUACAAAGCAGCCCACCAUAACACCUUUGCACUGCACUAUCAUAGGAGGGACAAGCAACACCGAUUUGAAUUCUCCUGUGGUGGAAAUGCUCUUGAGCAUCAGCACGUGUUCCAUUGGAUCUGGCAUUGGAUUGUUGUUGGAAGGCUUCCAGAUGGUCUUCCAGAGCUGAAGAAGAAGGUUGUAGCAGGCGCAUCUAAGAGCUCGCGCGUUGAGGCGGGCGCUUCUUCCAUGGUAGUACAGUUGAAAACGCUCUGGCCAGCGGCACCUAUUGAGCCACGGAUGUACAUUACGGGGGUCAGAAGGAGGGGCUGCUCCCACUUCUUGAAUGGCCGCUUCACAGCGUUCAACGAAGGCUGUUGCCAGAGUAGUUGGUGGAGGUCGCAGGAUUUUGUCUCGGCCGGAAUGCGAGACGCGAAAAGUGCCAUGCAUCGAAGUGCCACCAACAUCCGUGACACUUUGUCUCCAAAGGCUCUGUCAUUGCAAUGGGGACAGGAGUACAGCUGCACAGGAUCUGUAAGAAAACUAAAGGGAGGAAGAGGGCGCUUUGAGAAUAGGAUCUUCUUGAAAUGGAGCGAGUUAGAGCGUGGUACGACAACGCAAGGGCAGCUCACAGAGGAUGCAGCCAUCAUGCUUGAACGACUACGUCUGAAUAAGACUAGCAAGAAGGGUUCUCGGCUAAAUGAUGCGCAAGAAGCAGAGAUCGAGAGGGGGUUAGAGGAUAGCCACGAGCAGUGGGCGGGAUCGAGCUGGGAGAGGCGGACGGUGAAGUAUACUAGAGAUAAGGAUGAAUGUGGGAGCAGAUGGGGAGGACGGCAAGGGAGAGGCCUUGAGGAAGGAGCGCGGCGGGGUAAGCGACGCUUAGUACCCCGCCGAUGGGCGCCCAAAUGGGCAGCGGCGGGGCGGGCCUGGGCUGCCGCGGCACUUCCUGCACCCGUCUUUCCACCGCCAUGUCCCGGCCAGCCCAUGACGCCAGUUGCAAGACCUCCAGGAUUGCAGAAUGUGCCUGGGAGCUCUCCGUCGCCCGCGCGCGGCCGUCCACCUCGACCUCGCUCGUUUUCACGCACACGCACCUCGACCUCUCCACCGCGCGCACCCAUCGCGAUCAGCCCGCGAGCACCCCAUAUCGACGCUCCAGCAUUCCAGGCCAGACGCGACGCCCACGGACACACCGCGGCGCAGUCCACGCACGACCGAGGCCGGCACGGUACACACUCGAUCCACACAUUCAUUCUCGGUAUCGACCUCGGACAUUUUUCGUGUCAUGGCUUCGACUGUACAUUGCUAUCUACAUACUCGCCCUUUCACUCUCCCGCUCCUUCUGCGCGUGCUGUGUGCUCACCUCGUCUCACCUCGUCUUCGCCUUCGUCUUCGCCUUCGACUUCGACUUCGACUUCGCCCACGCUCACGCCCACGUUCACGCCCACGCUUUCGCCCACGACCUCGAUUCCAUUCGCCUUCGCCAGCGCCGCGCGGAGAGCACACAAACACCGCCCCCAUUGGCACUUUGAGAUGUGCACGCUCGAGGAGUGCGAGCUGCGGGGCCGCAUCAUCCCACCUCAAAGCACAUGCUUCAUAACAAGUCUCAACAUCCAAUGCGCUCCCAAAGCGCUGCCCCUCCCCGACCCUCCCAUCAUUCAAGACGUCACCCCCAGCCCGGCCACAGAAUGGCACCGCGCUGCCGUUUCUGUGCUCACCACAAUCGUGCUCUCAACCACACAGCACGCCGCCUGCUUCGUGGGUCUCGCUGCAGCGUACAAUGACGGCCUUUUUUCGGGUCUUCAGUGCCUCCAGUACCCGCCGCACUUCCCCUUUUGCAUGUCUUCCAAGGGCUCUCAACGGGGGCCUGGGCACGUGUAUCACUCCCUCCCACAGCAACGACAGCACCAACUCCCCAGCUCGCCACUUCACACCUACCAGCAUAUCAUCUCCUCCCCCAGCACCAGCGAACUCUCACACAAUUGCCUGAGCCUUGGCCGCUGUGGCGGUGGCUCCGAUUCUCCUGGCCGCGCCCCGCCCCCUUGUUCGCUGGCGGCCAUCCCCCACUCGCACCGCUACAACCUGCUCAAGGCGGCUGCCAUCAUCUUCGCCUCCGCACGUAUAUCCAUCCAAUCAAGUCCACCUCCCCGCCUUCUCCCGACCACCCAGGGGACAAAACCAUCUCCUGCGCCCCUGAAGCCACCGCCCGAAGCCAUGUCCGCAGCCAUGUCCACAGCCGUUGCAGAGGACAAGUGGCCUCCGCUUAUUAUCAACGCCGUGCACGUGGAGACGCCCGGGGCCUGGCGCACGAAACAGCAGCGCGCCCGGCUCCUCUGCGAGAACAAGCACCCCGCCUCGCAGGGUCCCCCACUGCUGCCUGCCCCCACGACACCUGACCUCAUCAAGACUGGACGUCCAUCCUGGAGGUCCCAGGCGAGAGCAUCACGGCCAGAGCCUGGGGCGCCGGCGGGGACGCGGGCAUGCGACUUAGCGUCAAGGGUGGUGCAGGUCCGGAUCCGCGUGGGCGCCGGGAAUGUAGGACAAAACCACAUUGCCCACCCCUUCAGCAGCGGCGCCGCCCUCACGCCACGCAGCCCCGCGGGCGUCGAGCGCCUGCCCAGCGUUGCACGCCCGGCUGCCGCUCUCCUUACCACCGCCUCGCCCUGCCACCAACGGCGACGUGCGGUGCACGAAGAUUCAACUUCUACUGGGCCUGCAUGGGCUGUAAGGGCCCUCAAGAAACGUGGUGGACAGACCAAGCGCAGGGCAUCGCUCGGGUGGCACCUUCAUAACCGAUGGGCGGACCACUAUCAGCCAUCGAAACUGCAGAACGCAAAGACGGGGAAGAUGGAGGAGAUGCAGAUCGCGUUGGAGUUGGUAUGGAUCCGGGUGCGGUUCAUGGAGAAUGCAUUCGGCGCCACGUUUAAGCGCCGGAUGGGGCUCACGUGGGCGUGCGCGAUUGCGUGGCACCUCAUGCUCAGGAACAAGAAGCUGCUCGAGGAUGGCCAACGGUUGUUGACACAGAUCCUGAACGGGAGUUUGAGGGCAGUUGGGGAAUUACCAGAGUUCAUCGACGCCCGGGUUGAUCCUGGGAGCACCAUCAGCCUCAGAUCAGUAAUUGCGCAAAUGUCUGGUUGCCUGAAUUGUCUGGACGAAAAAUUCCAGGCAUUUCAGACAUCUGUCAGGCAUUCAGGCAAUGAGGGCUCAAGCGCUCAAUAUACAGGAUGCGUGUCACGAGCACGCACACGACUCGCGCUAUGGACCUCCCACAUGACCGGCUCGACGAGCACCGCCUGCGCAGAAUGCGAGAGCGGUGGGACCGCAAGGUCGCGCGGCCGUGACCCGACGAACACCGACCGUAAGCGGGUUGUCCUCGCCCAGGGGCGGCGUCCGCCUGCAGUGGAAGCCACGCCUCCUGUGCUGUUCAAUGGCGCAGAAGGACAUGAGGACUCUGCUUCCACGCUGACCUUGUACUCUGCAUCGACCCUGCGGCUGUACCGCCCCACCCGACCUCAAGCUCGGCAUUUGCAGCGCCCAAGAUCACGUUCGGCGCGCGCACACUGGAUGGGCAGACCGAGCCCCCUCUGGGUGUCCAUGAGGUGGACCAAACUCACGUUCACCGCGAGCGUCGGCGUCGCGCCCGAAGGAAGCAACCCGAAAGCUGUCGCCGGGUAUCCGACGGGUCAGGCCGACGAAGGUCGUGGUGGAUGCGUAAAGGAGGAGGAUGGCGAGCAGUUGUAUCUGGAUGGAGUGGAGGCGGAAGUCGCGCCGGCUGUGGGUCGGAAAGGGUUGCGCAGAAGUGAGGAAGACGGACCGAAUAGACAGGCUGCUAGCGCACUGGAGAGCAGCGCCACAGAAGCCGAACCCUGCGCGACGGGGACUGAGAUCGGUGGGAGGAUUGCGGAGGUAGAAUUUCAGCAUCUGCACGGGUCGACGGAGAGCAGCUCUCGUGCGAUAACACGGGCAGGAGCUGUUCAGCGCAAACAAGGACAUCAGAAUGACAGCCUUUACCAGAAGUUCUCGCUCGUCGUGCGCUGGGGUGCAGCCAGGACACACCUACUCCCUCAGCAGCUUACCGAAGCUAGCUCUCUUAGCCUUGAUAUAUGUCUUGACUCGAGCGAGGAAGAUAUGAGAGCAUGA